AUGAGAGAGAUUAUUCAUAUUUCUGCUGGCCAAUGUGGUAAUCAAAUUGGUGCUGCCUUUUGGGAAACCAUUUGUGGUGAACAUGGUUUAGAUUUUAAUGGUCAAUAUAUUGGCACUAAUGAACUAGAAAGGAGUGGGUUGCCUGUCUAUUUUAAUGAAGCUUCCUCAGGCAAAUACGUUCCACGUGCAAUCAAUGUUGAUUUGGAACCAGGUACUAUCGAUACCAUCCGUAACAGUAAAAUUGGUAAUCUAUUUAGACCGGACAACUAUAUUUUUGGCCAAUCUUCAGCGGGCAAUGUUUGGGCUAAAGGCCACUACACUGAAGGUGCCGAAUUAGUUGAUUCUGUUAUGGAUGUUGUUAGACGCGAAGCCGAAGGCUGUGAUUCUUUGCAAGGUUUCCAAAUUACUCAUUCUUUAGGUGGCGGUACUGGAUCUGGUAUGGGUACCUUGUUAAUCUCCAAAAUAAAAGAAGAAUAUCCUGAUAGGAUGAUGGCUACCUUUUCUGUUGUUCCUUCUCCAAAGACAUCUGAUACUGUGAUUGAACCAUAUAAUGCUACUUUAUCUGUCCACCAAUUAGUGGAAUAUGUGGAUGAAACUUUUUGUAUUGAUAACGAAGCCCUAUAUCAAAUUUGUCAAUCUACGUUAAAACUGGAUCAACCCUCUUAUGCAGAAUUAAACAAUUUAGUUUCUUCUGUCAUGAGCGGUGUCACCACUUCAUUGCGUUACCCAGGUCAAUUAAAUUCUGAUUUGAGGAAGUUGGCCGUAAAUUUAGUUCCUUUCCCACGUUUACAUUUCUUCAUGGUUGGCUAUGCCCCAUUGACUUCUCUUGGCUCACAAUCAUUUAGAUCCCUAUCCGUUCCUGAACUAACCCAGCAGAUGUUUGAUGCAAAGAACAUGAUGGCUGCUGCUGAUCCACGGAAUGGUAGAUACCUUACUGCUGCUGCUUUGUUUAGAGGGAAUGUUUCUGUUAAGGAAGUUGAGGAUGAAAUGUUGAAGGUUCAGACCAGAAACUCUUCGUAUUUUGUUGAAUGGAUUCCAAACAAUGUUCAAACUGCUGUGUGUUCUGUUGCUCCAAAAGGUUUGGAUAUGGCGGCAACAUUUAUUGGUAACUCUACAUCUAUUCAGGAAUUAUUUAAGAGAAUAGGUAAUCAGUUUUCUGUUAUGUUCAAGAGAAAGGCUUUUUUGCAUUGGUAUAUCAGUGAGGGGAUGGAUGAAAUGGAAUUUACUGAGGCAGAAUCCAAUAUGAUUGAUCUAGUUAAUGAAUACCAACAAUACCAAGAAGCCACUGUCGACGAAGAUGAAGAAAUAGAAUAUCCUGCUGAGGCUGAAGUUACUGAACAACCAAUAGCUGAAAAUUUUGAAUGA